GCUGAGGCUUCGAUAUAUACCUUUCCUAUUCACGGUUUAUAAGAUCUCGUCGUCGUCGUACCAGUCGUCGCCGUCGACUUGACUAAAGAGAAUUCUCCAGUUUCGGUCUAAAAAAUAAUUGGUUUUGUAACUUUCUUAUGAAAUUCGUUGUUGUUAAAGAUACAAUAUCUAUAUAAGAUACAGUGACGCACGAAAGUUAACCGUCAAUAUUAUAUUGAAACAAGUGAUAAAAGUUAAUUGGUUGUGUACACAUAUUUCCAAAGGGAGUGAAAUAUAGAUUAUUCGAUAGUUUUAUCAUUUUGGUGAAAACAAUUUGCCUACUUACCCAGUGAAUGUGAAUCGGGCCACAUAACCACAUUUUUCAUUCUUUUUAUUCUUCAUAUUUUGUAUUCUUCGGUUGCGUCCGCCUUACUUUUCAUUGCUCGCGAGAGGUGCAAAUCUAUAUGAAGGCACCACCAUCGUGGUUAGUGAAUACAACAACAACAACAACAAGACGGAAAAAAUAAGAUUGUAAAGUGAACCCCGUCAUCACUGAGUGAUCCAAGAAAGUUGAAAGCAAAAAAAUAAGAAAUAAAAGAAGUAUCUUUACUUCAUGUGAAGCUGCAAGCGCAUUCCGGAUGUCGUUUAUGAUAUGAAUUGAAUCGCGUGAAUCGAAACGUCGCCAUCAUCAUCAUCGUCGUUGACGUCUUUGCUAUCAUUUUGUCGUCGCCGUCCGUCUUGUUGAUCUUUCUUGAAUCUCCUAUAUAUGACAAAAGUGCAACAUAAGAUCACAUAUACCUAGUGCUAAUAAGGAAUCUAUACCCCCCACUGUGCCGCGCGUAUCCCUCUUAUUUUCCUUCUCCCUGUCCAUUCUGUAAUUGAAGAAGACUAAACAGGUUACCUAUCUGCAACUGGACACUCGUCGCGCUGAGGAUAUUCGGAGUAUAUAGCGUGUUAAAAAGUUGAAUUCCACACCUGGACCUGUAGCUGGAACAAGGUGAAUUGCGAUCGGGUAGAUGAUAAUUGCUCCAACAAGCUCCUCUACACAACUCUGUACUCUGUAACGAUUAACGAACGAACAAAAUAUAAAACCGUUUCUUGUACUAUUUUCCUUGCGCACCGGAAAGUUGGACCCAAUCUGAAAUCAAACCUGAUACUUAAAUAAAUCACUUUUAUUAGGAAUAGCAGUCAUAUUAAUUAAAGGAAACGAAACCCAAAUUCGCCUAAAAUGGAUAAUGGAUAGUGAAAACAUACAAAUAAAAUAGAAGUGAAUUUAUAAAAAAAUUGAAUAUUAGUGUCAACAAAAACGAGUGAUUCAAAAUAUAAACAUAUAAAAAAUAUGUUUUUAAGUUAAAUCAAAAACAACAAAAUUUAAAUAAUACUAAUUUUAUUUUUUAAAUAAUUAAAAUGUCAACGAAUUCAAUUAUUUGGACGCAUAUAGCGAUAUGCAUUGGCUGUUUGCUGGUAUUUUGUGAAUGCCUGAAUUACAUGCCUUCGGUGUCCCAAAUCUCACCAAAAUCUUCAAACUUGGGAAUGAGCAGAGGCUCAUCAAAGCUAACUGCCAGACUUGAAAGCACUCUGAUAGAUUCUAGCUUUGCGGAUGAAAAAUACGAAACACAAGAACAUUCGAGGAUAGAGCGAUCAGCUAUGCCAAUUCUCAACGAUAUAAAUGCUUCGAAGAAAAGUCCAAAUGAGUUAGACGAUGAUGAUGAUGAGAGAGAUGACGUUAAUGGAGAAAAGCUAGAAGCUGGACGAUACUUUCAAUAUAAUAUAAAACCCACUGAAACAUUGAGUGCGUUAAAAGAAAAUGUUGAAAUAACAAAAAGUUCACGUACAGCAAAGGGUCUAACGGUGGAUGAUUCUUUUUUAUCGAAAGGGGACCUUCGAUCGGUUUCAUCGGGGUCCCCCAACGCACCCAUAGCUCCGAGUUUUGCUACUCCGACCUCGGCGACUGCUCAGGUGCCUAAUCAGGCACGACAAAAUCCUAAUCCAGAUAUUCAGGAUAUUAUAACGGGAAUAGUAAAACUACUUAAUGGAAAUGUUAAUGUUCAUGCGAAUAAUCAAGUUGGUCAUAGGAGACCCACAGCUAGUAGGAUUAACAAUCGUGGUCCGCCAAGAAUUACUGAUGUGCAGUCACUUCCAAUGGACUAUGAUAUUCAGAAGCCAUUACCAGAUAGCUCAAUACGACCACCUCCGUAUCCAUUUGACCGGCCAGAGAGGCCAUUCAUCACAGGAGUUCCGAUUCCAGAACAAAUAGUUCCCUACAGACCUGGUUUCAUAAGUAACCGUCCACCGUGGCAUAGAAAUCGCCCAAGACCACCAAUAACCACUAGUAAUGGAGGACGUCGACCAAUUCCCCAGUAUAUGCCACCCCCGGAUUUGAACGAACACCCUGAGCCUUCCGAUCAUUUAGAAGUUCCCAAUCAACCAAGUCAAUCGGAACCAUCAGAAGAAGAGGUGCAAUUAACGACCUUAGAAAAUGAGAACAAUGAGACCAUUGAGGUAGCUCCAACUGACACAACCUAUGACAAUGAUCUUCCCAAGGACGAAUACUCCAACCACAAAGAUGAGGAUGAGGAUGCAUCAAACGAAAGUGAGUUCGAAUUAGAAUUGCCAUCAAUUAUAACCGAGGAAGUUCCUGUGAAAAAAGACGAAGAUAAGAAGAAGAAACCUACUUCCAAGAUCAAGUCGUCUGAGAAAAAGGUUAUUUCUUCUAGUACCGAAGACAUUUCGAAGAUCAUUGAAAGCACAUCUGUUGUGAGUUCUAUGUCCACUCCAAUUUUAUCAUCAUCUUCAUCAAACUAUGAACCAAUGUCGAAUGAGGAAGUUAUCAAUUCUUCGUCAGAAGACAUAAUUUUUAUGACAACUUCGGCACCGAAGAAAACUCCAUCCUUAGAUAUCACCUCAAGUUCGACUUCAACAACUCCAAGCAUAUCAAUUAAGCCUCCUGAGACAACCACUUCAACAGAAGUUAUCAUUGAAACUAUAUCAAGUUCAAGCACCGAGGAAGCACACAGCACAUCUCUUUCGUCAAGCUCGUCUGCUGUUCCCUAUCAUCCUCGUCCUGGAAUUGUGCUAGAUGACCCGGAGUUCAAGCCCGGUGGACAUGCUCGACCUCCUCUUGGCAGACCUCCACGCCCACAACCUCCCAACAUACAGCCAACUCGUCAGCAGUUGCCUCCUGGGUAUGGAGAGAUCUUCGAUGUUACUCUGUCGGCAAUUCAGGGUCCAGGUUCGGGAACUGGCUCCCAGCAAACGAUAAACAUCAAACCCUAUGGUUAUGGAGGACAACAGAACGGCGUGCCUGGUAAUGGAGACAUCAUUAUCUCACCUUCUGGGGAUGAUGGUUUUGUUUCAAUCGAUGGCAAAAGAACUUAUAUCAACUUGUUCGGAGAUCCUACAGAUCCCCCAGGCGUUGCAGCAACAACAACAGCUGGAACUACAACUCCAACCACUUCACAAGUUCUGAAUGCCUCCAGUCCACAGCCAAAACCAUCCUACCCAUCCACGCCACCUGGACCGGGAACAGGAUACGCCGUUCCAGAAACCGAAAUAGUUGAUGUAACUCCAUCAAAACCAAGCACUAAACCCGCUGUGCACACGAAUCAAACACCUUCCCAGAGACCCCAUUACAGACCAAGGACCACACAGCCACCAGUGAGGAUAGAUACAUGCAUUGUAGGGGAUGACUCGACGUGUGAUCAGGCACAGCACGAACGCUGUAAGACGGAGAACGGAGUGUCAAGCUGUCACUGCAGACCUGGAUAUUCUCGUCGAAAACACCGUGAACCAUGUCGAAAAGUUGUUUCGUUCUUUGUCGGACUUCGGGUAGAUCGAUUUUAUGAGCAUAGAAUAGUUUGGGACAAUAAGCUUCUCGAUAGAAGUAGUGAACCCUACAGCCAGUUGAGCUACGAAUCUGCUAGAGCUAUGGACUCUGCCAUGUCGAUGACUCCGUACUCUGAUGAAUUCAUAGAGGCAAAGGUAAACAAUAUAUACAGAGGAGACCCAAACCAAGGAUCACCUGGAGUUUUCGUCAAUUUAACGUUGAAGAUUGAGGAAAAUGCUGAAACUCUUCGACCAAAUCUCCGAAGUGAUGUGCAAAAGCAUCUACUGGGUGUAAUACAUCGUCGGAACAACAACAUUGGUAAUUCUGUACUCUAUGUGGAGUCACCCCAAGGUGCUGUCUCGAGUAUUCAAGAUUUGGACGAAUGUGAAUCUAACGAACUGAACGAUUGUCAUCAACAUGCUUCGUGUAAAAAUAUCUGGGGAAGCUUUAAAUGUGCGUGUGAAUCGGGCUUCCGUGAUCCCUGGGCUGAUCAAUUUCAACGAGCUGGUCGGGAAUGUCAAUCCUGUCCGGAUGCUUAUUGUAAUAACAGAGGAACUUGCAGCUACAACGAAGAAGGUGCACAAUCUUGUACCUGUGAUGGAAGUCAUUAUGGUGGACAGUGUGAAAUCGAUGGUGAGGUGCUGGGAGUUGCUAUUGGAGCAUCUGUGGCGGCCCUCAUAAUCAUUGUCCUUACUUUGGUCUGUCUGAUAAUGUGGUCUAGAAGAUGGCAGAGAGAACAAAAGAAUGCUAUAGGAUCACCAGUUUUUGGGUACAUGAAUACGACGCCAUUAAAGUCAGCAGGUAUGCUUCAGCCUGGUUAUCAAGUAACCUUGGAGGAUCGAAUGAGAUGGGCACAAAUUGCAGAUGUUAUGGCUCAAGCUAAUCAUUAUGGAGCCGAACCGAUUGCACAGACGCGACCAUCUUCGGCAAUGUUUGGAUAUCCUAAUCUUCAUGCCAUGGGACUCAGCACUAUGGGUGGAAUGUCACACAUGGGCAGUACAAUGCAAAUGCAUCAAAAUGGAACCCUUCCACCAGUUCCGUUGCCAAGAUUAGGCCUUGGAUCAAGAUCAAGUGGAAUGCGAACGCUGGAAAAUUCAAGUUCUAGUGAGGAAGAAGAUCGAACAGAUCUUUUGGGAAGAAACUUCCAAGUUCCUCGACCAAAAAGUCGAAGUAACAACAGUAUAGCGAAUCAAUCGGGUAUUUACUAUGACGUAGAUUAUGAGCCAUCUGGAAAUAAUGGUGGUGGCAAUGGAGACAUGUAUGGUUCACAUAGUCAGAGUCAUAUGUCAAAUCAUAUACCAGGACCACAAGGUAUACCAAUGAGUACGUAUACGUCUGGACGAGCGCCUUCUAGCUAUUAUAUGAAAUGAUGAUAAACUUAUUGGACUACACCACGAAAUGUUGUUUUAUGAAUCCUUCCUUUUUUUGGAAGAUCUUUGUAUAUGUAAUAUGCCAUUAAGGACUUAAGGGUUAAUAAUAAUUUUAGCCUAUUUUAAGGAUAAAAAUAGAGACUAAAAAUAAGAUAAAUAUUUGUAUUAAUUUAUAACUAUUCGAGAAAAAACAAUCUUAAUGAAAAGGCUAUUUUUAUGGUACAAUAGAAAAUACGGUAUUCAACAAUUUUUCAAGAACGCACAUUUUUAACACAAUAAUUGACACUACAAUACACAAAAUAUGUAAGAGCUGUCAGAUAUUAUUUUGUUUUUUAAAUGAGUAAUGAUCAGCUGUCGGAAAAAUCUAGUCAACGUUUUGUUGAUACUGAUCAUAGGCUUAUAUUAAUCUUUUUCUAAUAUCAUCUUCGGUUGCUCAUGCAGGAGCCUUUUUUAAACUCUUCAAAAAUAAGGCUUUUGGAUAACCAAUCGAAAACGACAUAACAAUUGAUAUUUAAUACAUAUUUGUCAAUACAUAUUAAAAAGAUACAGUUUAGAACAACCGUUUAUAAUUUUAAUACGAUAUUUAUUAACAUAGAUGAAUGUAAGUUAUGUUGUAAAUAGUAAAAAUUUUAGAAAAUAAUUUAUUAGUAUUUUCAAUUAGUUUGACGUUUAAUUUGUAUGAAUAACUAAAUAAAAAUGUAAUAAUUAAUAUAUAAAACUAUAAUAGCAAUAGUUUUAAGAAAAAAAUAUCAUAAGAAUGUUUUCAAUAAUAUUUUAAACAUUGUAAAUAAUUUUAAUUAAUAAAAUAAAAUAAUAUAAUACUAUACGCCAAAAUAA